AGGGAGCGCUCAGACAGCAGCCGUUUGACUCCUCAGAAGAGAAGCCCCAGUUCCCCGGAGCGUCAGCAGAGUUUAUUGAUCACCUGGAGUUCAUCCAACCUAACGUGAUCUCUGGGAUCCCCAUCUACAGGGUCAUGGACCGGGCCGGGAAGAUCAUUAACCCCACAGAGGACCCACAGGUAACAGUACACACAGUACUAGUUCAUACUACACAGGUCUUUAACCCCUCAGAUGACCCACAGUACUAGUUCAUACUACACAGGUCUUUAACCCCUCAGAUGACCCACAGUACUAGUUCAUACUACACAGGUCUUUAACCCCUCAGAUGACCCACAGUACUAGUUCAUACUACACAGGUCUUUAACCCCUCAGAUGACCCACAGUACUAGUUCAUACUACACAGGUCUUUAACCCCUCAGAUGACCCACAGUACUAGUUCAUACUACACAGGUCUUUAACCCCUCAGAUGACCCACAGUACUAGUUCAUACUACACAGGUCUUUAACCCCUCAGAUGACCCACAGUACUAGUUCAUACUACACAGGUCUUUAACCCCUCAGAUGACCCACAGUACUAGUUCAUACUACACAGGUCUUUAACCCCUCAGAUGACCCACAGUACUAGUUCAUACUACACAGGUCUUUAACCCAGUCUACUGCAGGUGUCAGUACAGUAUACUACAUAAUAUCCAAGGUGCACACAGUUAGAAUUAGAAUCCCUAUCUCUAUGACUACCACUCUGUAUUAUACAGCACCUUGUCCAUAGAAUUAGAAUCCCUAUCUCUAUGACUACCACUCUGUAUUAUACAGCACCUUGUCCACAGAAUUAGAAUCCCUAUCUCUAUGACUACCACUCUGUAUUAUACAGCACCUUGUCCACAGAAUUAGAAUCCCUAUCUCUAUGACUACCACUCUGUCUCCUGAGUGGCGCAGUGGUCUAAGGCACUGCAUCGCAGUGUUAACUGUGCCACUAGAGAUCCUGGUUCGAAUCCAAGGCUCUGUCGCAGCCGGCCGCGACCGGGGAGACUCAUGGGGGCGGCGCACAAUUGGCCCAGCGUCGUCCAGGGUAGGGGAGGGAAUGGCCGGCAGGGAUGUAGCUCAGUUGAUAGAGCAUGGCGUUUGCAACGCCAGGGUUGUGGGUUUGAUUCCCACGGGGGGCCAGUAUAAAAAAAAGAUGUAUUCACUAACUGUAAGUCGCUCUGGAUAAGAGCGUCUGCUAAAUGACUAAAAUGUAAAAUGUAAUGUAAAUGUAUUAUACAGCACCUUGUCCACAGAAUUAGAAUCCCUAUCUCUAUGACUACCACUCUGUAUUAUACAGCACCUUGUCCACAGAAUUAGAAUCCCUAUCUCUAUGACUACCACUCUGUGUUAUACAGCACCUUGUCCACAGAAUUAGAAUCCCUAUCUCUAUGACUACCACUCUGUAUUAUACAGCACCUUGUCCACAGAAUUAGAAUCCCUAUCUCUAUGACUACCACUCUGUAUUAUACAGCACCUUGUCCAUAGAAUUAGAAUCCCUAUCUCUAUGACUACCACUCUGUAUUAUACAGCACCUUGUCCAUAGAAUUAGAAUCCCUAUCUCUAUGACUACCACUCUGUAUUAUACAGCACCUUGUCCACAGAAUUAGAAUCCCUAUCUCUAUGACUACCCACUCUGUAUUAUACAGCACCUUGUCCAUAGAAUUAGAAUCCCUAUCUCUAUGACUACCACUCUGUAUUAUACAGCACCUUGUCCAUAGAAUUAGAAUCCCUAUCUCUAUGACUACCACUCUGUAUUAUACCGCACCUUGUCACAGAAUUAGAAUCCCUAUCUCUAUGACUACCACUCUGUUAUUAUACAAGCACCUUGUCCUACAAUUAGAUUAUACAGCACCUUGUCCAUAGAAUUAGAAUCCCUAUCUCUAUGACUACCACUCUGUAUUAUACAGCACCUUGUCCACAGAAUUAGAAUCCCUAUCUCUAUGACUACCACUCUGUAUUAUACAGCACCUUGUCCACAGAAUUAGAAUCCCUAUCUCUAUGGACUACCACUCUGUAUUAUACAGCACCUUGUCCACAGAAUUAGAAUCCCUAUCUCUAGACUACCACUCUGUAUUAUACAGCACCUUGUCCACAGAAUUAGAAUCCCUAUCUCUAUGACUACCACUCUGUAUAUACAGCACCUUGUCCACAGAAUUAGAAUCCCUAUCUCUAGGACUACCACUCUGUAUUAUACAGCACCUUGUCCACAGAAUUAGAAUCCCUAUCUCUAUGACUACCACUCUGUAUUAUACAGCACCUUGUCCACAGAAUUAGAAUCCCUAUCUCUAUGACUACCACUCUGUAUUAUACAGCACCUUGUCCACAGAAUUAGAAUCCCUAUCUCUAUGACUACCACUCUGUAUUAUACAGCACCUUGUCCACAGAAUUAGAAUCCCUAUCUCUAUGACUACCACUCUGUAUUAUACAGCACCUUGUCCACAGAAUUAGAAUCCCUACACUCUGUAUUAUACAGCACCUUGUCCACAGAAUUAGAUCCCUAUCCUAUGACUACCACUCUGUAUUAUACAGCACCUUGUCCACAGAAUUAGAAUCCCUAUCUCUAUGACUACCACUCUGUAUUAUACAGCACCUUGUCCAUAGAAUUAGAAUCCCUAUCUCUAUGACUACCACUCUGUAUUAUACAGCACCUUGUCCAUAGAAUUAGAAUCCCUAUCUCUAUGACUAACCACUCUGUAUUAUACAGCACCUUGUCCACAGAAUUAGAAUCCCCUAUCUCUAUGACUACCACUCUGUAUUAUACAGCACCUUGUCCACAGAAUUAGAAUCCCUAUCUCUAUGACUACCACUCUGUAUUAUACAGCACCUUGUCCACAGAAUUAGAAUCCCUAUCUCUAUGACUACCACUCUGUAUUAUACAGCACCUUGUCCACAGAAUUAGAAUCCCUAUCUCUAUGACUACCACUCUGUAUUAUACAGCACCUUGUCCACAGAAUUAGAAUCCCUAUCUCUAGGACUACCACUCUGUAUUAUAUAGCACCUUGUCCACAGAAUUAGAAUCCCUAUCUCUAGGACUACCACUCUGUAUUAUACAGCACCUUGUCCAUAGAAUUAGAAUCCCUAUCUCUAUGACUACCACUCUGUAUUAUACAGCACCUUGUCCAUAGAAUUAGAAUCCCUAUCUCUAUGACUACCACUCUGUAUUAUACAGCACCUUGUCCACAGAAUUAGAAUCCCUAUCUCUAUGACUACCACUCUGUAUUAUACAGCACCUUGUCCAUAUAAUUAGAAUCCCUAUCUCUAUGACUACCACUCUGUAUUAUACAGCACCUUGUCCACAGAAUUAGAAUCCCUAUCUCUAUGACUACCACUCUGUAUUAUACAGCACCUUGUCCACAGAAUUAGAAUCCCUAUCUCUAUGACUACCACUCUGUAUUAUACAGCACCUUGUCCAUAUAAUUAGAAUCCCUAUCUCUAUGACUACCACUCUGUAUUAUACAGCACCUUGUCCACAGAAUUAGAAUCCCUAUCUCUAUGACUACCACUCUGUAUUAUACAGCACCUUGUCCACAGAAUUAGAAUCCCUAUCUCUAUGACUACCACUCUGUAUUAUACAGCACCUUGUCCAUAUAAUUAGAAUCCCUAUCUCUAUGACUACCACUCUGUAUUAUACAGCACCUUGUCCACAGAAUUAGAAUCCCUAUCUCUAUGACUACCACUCUGUAUUAUACAGCACCUUGUCCACAGAAUUAGAAUCCCUAUCUCUAUGACUACCACUCUGUAUUAUACAGCACCUUGUCCACAGAAUUAGAAUCCCUAUCUCUAUGACUGCCCUCCCUGGCUGAUUGGCUGAUUUAUGUUUGCCCUUCCUUCCUCCCCCCAGCUCUCCAAGGAGACAGUGUUGAACUUCUACCAGAAGAUGACCCUUCUGAACACCAUGGACCGGAUCCUCUAUGAAUCUCAGAGGCAGGUGAGAGAGAGCUACCACAUGGGUCUGUGGUGAGGGCUGCAUUCCAAAGGGCACCCUAUUCCCUAUAGGGCAGUACUUUUGACCAGGGCCCAUUUGGUACCCUUCCCUGGUCUUUCUAUUGAUCAUGGACAUGGCUGUGUUUGACAGUGUGUCAGUAGAGAUCAAUGUGACAGGACUCUAAUGAUGUCUGUUGCAGGGUCGUACUACCCUAGACAGGACUCUAAUGAUGUGUGUUGUAGGGUCGUAUUACCCUAGACAGGACUCUAAUGAUGUCUGUUUUGCAGGGUCGUAUUACCCUAGACAGGACUCUAAUGAUGUCUGUUGCAGGGUCGUACUACCCUAGACAGGACUCUAAUGAUGUGGGUUUCAGGGUCGUAUUACCCUAGACAGGACUCUAAUGAUGUGGGUUGCAGGGUCGUAUUACCCUAGACAGGACUCUAAUGAUGUGUGUUGUAGGGUCGUAUUACCCUAGACAGGACUCUAAUGAUGUCUGUUUUGCAGGGUCGUAUUACCCUAGACAGGACUCUAAUGAUGUGUGUUUUGCAGGGUCGUAUUACCCUAGACAGGACUCUAAUGAUGUCUGUUCUGCAGGGUCGUAUUACCCUAGACAGGACUCUAAUGAUGUGUGUUGUAGGGUCGUAUUACCCUAGACAGGACUCUAAUGAUGUCUGUUUUGCAGGGUCGUAUUACCCUAGACAGGACUCUAAUGAUGUGUGUUUUGCAGGGUCGUAUUACCCUAGACAGGACUCUAAUGAUGUCUGUUCUGCAGGGUCGUAUUACCCUAGACAGGACUCUAAUGAUGUGUGUUGUAGGGUCGUAUUACCCUAGACAGGACUCUAAUGAUGUGGGUUGUAGGGUCGUAUUACCCUAGACAGGACUCUAAUGAUGUGUGUUGCAGGGUCGUAUUACCCUAGACAGGACUCUAAUGAUGUGGGUUUCAGGGUCGUAUUACCCUAGACAGGACUCUAAUGAUGUGUGUUGUAGGGUCGUAUUACCCUAGACAGGACUCUAAUGAUGUGUGUUGCAGGGUCGUAUUACCCUAGACAGGACUCUAAUGAUGUCUGUUGCAGGGUCGUAUUACCCUAGACAGGACUCUAAUGAUGUGUGUUGUAGGGUCGUAUUACCCUAGACAGGACUCUAAUGAUGUGGGUUGUAGGGUGGUAUUACCCUAGACAGGACUCUAAUGAUGUGUGUUGUAGGGUCGUAUUACCCUAGACAGGACUCUAAUGAUGUGUGUUGCAGGGUCGUAUUACCCUAGACAGGACUCUAAUGAUGUGUGUUUUGCAGGGUCGUAUUACCCUAGACAGGACUCUAAUGAUGUGUGUUGCAGGGUCGUAUUACCCUAGACAGGACUCUAAUGAUGUGUGUUUUGCAGGGUCGUAUUACCCUAGACAGGACUCUAAUGAUGUGUGUGUUACAGGGUCGUAUUACCCUAGACAGGACUCUAAUGAUGUGUGUUUUUGCAGGGUCGUAUUACCCUAGACAGGACUCUAAUGAUGUGUGUUUUGCAGGGUCGUAUACCCUAGACAGGACUCUAAUGAUGUGUGUUUUGCAGGGUCGUAUUACCCUAGACAGGACUCUAAUGAUGUGUGUUUGCAGGGUCGUAUUACCCUAGACAGGACUCUAAUGAUGUGUGUUUUGCAGGGUCGUAUUACCCUAGACAGGACUCUAAUGAUGUGUGUUUUGCAGGGUCGUAUUACCCUAGACAGGACUCUAAUGAUGUGUGUUUUGCAGGGUCGUAUUACCCUAGACAGGACUCUAAUGAUGUGUGUUUUGCAGGGUCGUAUUACCCUAGACAGGACUCUAAUGAUGUGUGUUUUGCAGGGUCGUACUACCCUAGACAGGACUCUAAUGAUGUGUGUUGUAGGGUCGUACUACCCUAGACAGGACUCUAAUGAUGUGUGUUUUGCAGGGUCGUAUUACCCUAGACAGGACUCUAAUGAUGUGUGUUUUGCAGGGUCGUAUUACCCUAGACAGGACUCUAAUGAUGUGUGUUUUGCAGGGUCGUAUUACCCUAGACAGGACUCUAAUGAUGUGUGUUUUGCAGGGUCGUAUUACCCUAGACAGGACUCUAAUGAUGUGGGUUUUGCAGGGUCGUAUUACCCUAGACAGGACUCUAAUGAUGUGUGUUUUGCAGGGUCGUAUAUCCUUCUAUAUGACUAACUAUGGGGAGGAGGGAACACACAUCGGCAGCGCUGCAGCUCUCGACCCAAGGGACUUGGUGUUUGGCCAGUACAGGGAAGCAGGUAAGGAUCCAAUAGGGUUCAGUGAGAGGAUUAACUGUUGACAUCUCACCACUGUUUUAAGGAUACUCCAAGUCGAUAUUCAUGUAAUAACGAGGAAUUCCCCUCGACCACGCCCACAAAUUGGUUGAAAACAAACUUUCUUUCACAUUGACCCCUAGUGUAAAAGAGACAACUUCAGAAAUAACUAAACAUGCCGAAAAGCUGCUGUGUGUAACUAGGUCAAAAAUCCCGACCAGUGGUUCGCAAUGCUCCCACGUAGCGAAAUAGAGCCUGGGGGAAGAGCCCUGUGGCUUCAGGCUAUGCUGAGUGGGAAAUAGAGCCUGGGGGAAGAGCCCUGUGGCUUCAGGCUAUGCUGAGUGGGAAAUAGAGCCUGGGGGGAAGAGCCUUGUGGCUUCAGGCUACGCUGAGUGGGAAAUAGAGCCUGGGGGAAGAGCCCUGUGCCUUCAGGCUAUGCUGAGUGGGAAAUAGAGCCUGGGGGAAGAGCCCUGUGGCUUCAGGCUAUGCUGAGUGGGAAAUAGAGCCUGGGGGAAGAGCCUUGUGGCUUCAGGCUAUGCUGAGUGGGAAAUAGAGCCUGGGGGAAGAGCCUUGUGGCUUCAGGCUAUGCUGAGUGAGAAAUAGAGCCUGGGGAAGAGCCCUGUGGCUUCAGGCUAUGCUGAGUGGGAAAUAGAGCCUGGGGGAAGAGCCUUGUGGCUUCAGGCUAUGCUGAGUGGGAAAUAGAGCCUGGGGGAAGAGCCCUGUGGCUUCAGGCUAUGCUGAGUGGGAAAUAGAGCCUGGGGGAAGAGCCUUGUGGCUUCAGGCUACGCUGAGUGGGAAAUAGAGCCUGGGGGAAGAGCCCUGUGGCUUCAGGCUACGCUGAGUGGGAAAUAGAGCCUGGGGGAAGAGCCUUGUGGCUUCAGGCUACGCUGAGUGGGAAAUAGAGCCUGGGGGAAGAGCCCUGUGGCUUCAGGCUAUGCUGAGUGGGAAAUAGAGCCUGGGGGAAGAGCCUUGUGGCUUCAGGCUAUGCUGAGUGGGAAAUAGAGCCUGGGGGAAGAGCCCUGUGGCUUCAGGCUAUGCUGAGUGGGAAAUAGAGCCUGGGGGAAGAGCCCUGUGGCUUCAGGCUACGCUGAGUGGGAAAUAGAGCCUGGGGGAAGAGCCUUGUGGCUUCAGGCUACGCUGAGUGGGAAAUAGAGCCUGGGGGAAGAGCCCUGUGGCUUCAGGCUAUGCUGAGUGGGAAAUUGUGGGGACCCGGUGUCCAAGUAGGUUACAUGUAACUGUAGCUCUAUGUGUGGAAAACAUUUCAUCACAGGUAAGACGUUUAACUUGUUUAGUAGAGUCUGUUUGUAACCCCACUCACUACUUGUAGCUCUAUAGUCUGUUUGUAACUCCACUCACUACUUGUAGCUGUAUAGUCUGUUUGUAACUCCACUCACUACUUGUAGCUCUAUAGUCUGUUUGUAACUCCACUCACUACUUGUAGCUGUAUAGUCUGUUUGUAACUCCACUCACUACUUGUAGCUGUAUAGUCUGUUUGUAACUCCACUCACUACUUGUAGCUCUAUAGUCUGUUUGUAACUCCACUCACUACUUGUAGCUGUAGAGUCUGUAACUCCACUCACUACUUGUAGCUGUAUAGUCUGUUUGUAACUCCACUCACUACUUGUAGCUCUAUAGUCUGUUUGUAACUCCACUCACUACUUGUAGCUCUAUAGUCUGUUUGUAACUCCACUCACUACUUGUAGCUUAGUCUGUUUGUAACUCACUCACUACUUGUAGCUGUAUAGUCUGUUUGUAACUCCACUCACUACUUGUAGCUGUAUAGUCUGUUUGUAACUCCACCACUACUUGUAGCUGCUAUAGUCUGUUUGUAACUCCACUCACUACUUGUAGCUGUAUACGGUUUGUACUCCCUCCUUGUAGCUAACUUCCACUCACUACUUGUAGCUGUAUAGUCUGUUUGUAACUCCACUCACUACUUGUAGCUCUAUAGUCUGUUUGUAACUCCACUCACUACUUGUAGCUGUAAGUCUGUUUGUAACUCCACUCACUACUUGUAGCUGUAUAGUCUGUUUUGUAACUCCACUCACUACUUGUAGCUGUAUAGUCCUGUUUGUAAACUCCACUCACUACUUGUUGCUGUAUAGUCUGUUUGUAACUCCACUCACUACUUGUAGCUGUAUAGUCCUGUUUGUAACUCCACUCACUACUUGUAGCUGUAUAGUCUGUUUGUAACUCCACUCACUACUUGUAGCUGUAUAGUCUGUUUGUAACUCCACUCACUACUUGUAGCUGUAUAGUCUGUUUGUAACUCCACUCACUACUUGUAGCUGUAGAGUCUGUAACUCCACUCACUACUUGUAGCUGUAUAGUCUGUUUGUAACUCCACUCACUACUUGUAGCUCUAUAGUCUGUUUGUAACUCCACUCACUACUUGUAGCUGUAUAGUCUGUUUGUAACCCCACUCACUACUUGUAGCUCUAUAGUCUGUUUGUAACUCCACUCACUACUUGUAGCUGUAGAGUCUGUUUGUAACUCCAUUCACUACUUGUAGCUGUAUAGUCUGUUUGUUUGUGUUGUUGGUCUUGACUAGCUUAAUGUUCCAGUCGGUAGCUAACUAGCGCUCACUCACAUGGCUGCUAGCGGCGUCAUGAAAAGGGGCCUGAGGGAGGCUCUACAAUAUUAUGCUUUGAGUAGUGGGAACCUCGGGAGUCAUCUUUAGACAUGUACUUUUCUUAAAUCUAGUUUUGUAAUUGACUAAAACAAGCAGACAACAACAAAAAAAUGUUUUAAAAAGUCACGUUUUUUUGCUGUGAGCCAAUGGGGUAACCACAUGUUGUUUUCCCCACAGGCGGGCGGAGCCGCGACGUUCUAAAACCGACUGGGAGUAUUCAAUGGGGUUCAGUGAGAGGAAGAACUGUUACACUGUUCCGCCUCACUGAUUGGACUGUCAUUUGAUACAGCUUUGCUUCAAAGCGGAGUGAAACACUGACGAAACUAAAUCAUGGAUUAACUGUUAUUGUAAAUAAUGCAUUAACUCAGCCAAUAACAAACCAUUCAUUAGAGCACACCGUGGCAAAUAGUUUUGCAACGGAAAACAAAAACAAGUGUUUCUUAUUGGACAAGUGCAGGUAACCCCUCCCUGUUUCAGCCCUUUUUAAUACCGUUUGGAGCCUAGUGAAUACGACCAUGUCAUCCAUGAUGUGUCAAACCUAGUGAAUACGACCAUGUCAUCCAUGAUGUGUCAAACUAUUCACAAACAGACAGUGCUAAUUAAGCUUCUAAAUAAUACAUUGACUCUCAUUCAGUGUUUAACAACCCUCUGUGUCCUGUAGGGUUAGGGUUAACAGCCCUCUGUGUCCUGAAGGGUUAGGGUUAACAGCCCUCUGUGUCCUGUAGGGUUAGGGUUAACAGCCCUCUGUGUCCGGUAGGGUUAGGGUUAACAGCCCUCUGUGUCCGGUAGGGUUAGGGUUAACAGCCCUCUGUGUCCUGUAGGGUUAGGGUUAACAGCCCUCUGUGUCCUGUAGGGUUUAGGGUUAACAGCCCUCUGUGUCCGGUAGGGUUAGGGUUAACAGCCCUCUGUGUCCUGUAGGGUUAGGGUUAACAGCCCUCUGUGUCCGGUAGGGUUAGGGUUAACAGCCCUCUGUGUCCUGUAGGGUUAGGGUUAACAGCCCUCUGUGUCCUGUAGGGUUAGGGUUAACAGCCCUCUGUGUCCUGUAGGGUUAGGGUUAACAGCCCUCUGUGUCCUGUAGGGUUAGGGUUAACAGCCCUCUGUGUCCUGUAGGGUUAGGGUUAACAGCCCUCUGUGUCCUGUAGGGUUAGGGUUAACAGCCCUCUGUGUCCUGUAGGGUUAGGGUUAACAGCCCUCUGUGUCCGGUAGGGUUAGGGUUAACAGCCCUCUGUGUCCGGUAGGGUUAGGGUUAACAGCCCUCUGUGUCCGGUAGGGUUAGGGUUAACAGCCCUCUGUGUCCGGUAGGGUUAGGGUUAACAGCCCUCUGUGUCCGGUAGGGUUAGGGUUAACAGCCCUCUGUGUCCGGUAGGGUUAGGGUUAACAGCCCUCUGUGUCCUGUAGGGUUAGGGUUAACAGCCCUCUGUGUCCGGUAGGGUUAGGGUUAACAGCCCUCUGUGUUUCUGUCCGGUAGGCGUGCUGAUGUACCGUGGUUUCCCCCUGGACCUGUUCAUGGCACAGUGCUAUGCCAACGUUGACGACCUGGGCAAGGGUCGCCAGAUGCCCGUCCACUACGGCAGCAAAGACCUCAACUUCGUCACCAUCUCCUCUCCUCUGGCCACCCAGAUCCCACAGGGUGAGCCCCUGCCCCUGUCUCAGGCUAAAUAUCUAGGGCUAGGAGUCUCUCCUGUCCUGACCAUGGUUGGGGUUAACUCCAUUUCAAUUCCAGUCAAUUCAGAAUGUAAACCAAAUUCCAAUUCCAAAUGUUCCUAAUUGAAAAGCAGUGAAGAGAAUUGGAAUCUCGGGUCUUCCUGAGUUGAAACAGAGUUAACCCCAACGCUGCUCCUGACCAUGUGACCUGGCUAGGAAACACUCCGGGCCCUAUUUAGCUACUGGUUAUAUCUGGGCUCAGAGUUUGUUCAUGGUCAGGUUCCAGUUUUUUUCAGUCCACUUCACUUUACUGGCCAUUAUUCAGGCACUUCUUAAACUCUUGAGUUAAAAGACUAUCAACAUUUAUAGACUACACUGGCAUAGAUUAUACAUCUGGGACCUUGUAGUCCUUACUCUUGUGUACUAACCCCUACCUUUCUGCAUGUACUAACCCCUACCUUUCUGCAGUGGUGGAACAAGUACUCAAUUGUCAUACUUGAGUAUACCUUAAUAGAAAAUGUCACCCAGUAAAAUACUACAUGAGUAAAAGUCUAAAAGUAUUUGGUUUUAAAUAUACUUCAGAAUCAAAAGUAAAAGUAAAAAUCAUUUCACAUUCCUUAUAUUAAGCAAACCAGAAGGCGCCAUUUUCUUGUUUUUAUUUACGGAUAGCCAGGGGCACACUCCAACACUCAGACAUAAUUUACAAAUGAAGCAUUUGUGUUUAGAGAGUCUGCCCGAUUAGAGGUAGUAGGGAUGACCAGGGAUGACCAGGGAUGACCAGGGAUGACCAGGGAUGACUCUCUGUAUAUACUAACUUGACUAACCCCUACUCUGUUACUAACCCUACCCUGACUACCCUACCCCUCUUGUAUAACCUACCUUGUGUACUAACCCCUACCUCGGUACUAACCCCUACCUCUUGUACUAACCUACUCUGUGUACUAACCCCUACCUCUGUGUACUAACCCCUACCUCUGUGUACUAACCCUACCUCUGUGUACUAACCCCUACCCCUCUGUGUACUAACCCCUACCCUCUGUGUACUAACCCCUACCUCUGUGUACUAACCCCUACCCUCUGUGUACUAACCCCUACCCCUCUGUGUACUAACCCCUACCUCUGUGUACUACCCCUACCUCUGUGUACUAACCCCUACCUCUGUGUACUAACCCCUACCCCUCUGUGUACUAACCCCUACCCCUGUGUACUAACCCCUACCCUGUGUACUAACCCCUACCUCUGUGUACUAACCCCUACCCCUGUGUACACCCCUACCCUGUGUACUAACCCUACCCUGUGGUACUACCCCUACCCCUGUGUACUAACCCCUACGUCUCUGUGUACUAACCCCUACCUCUGUGUGUACUAACCCCUACCUCUGUGUACUAACCCCUACCCCUGUGUACUAACCCCUACUCUCUGUGUACUAACCCCUACCCCUGUGUUACUAACCCCUACCUCUGUGUACUAACCCCUACCUCUGUGUACUAACCCCUACGUCUCUGUGUACUAACCCCUACCCCUGUGUACUAACCCCUACCUCUGUGUACUAACCCCUACCCCUGUGUACUAACCCCUACCUAUCUCUAUACUAGCGGCGGGGGCAGCCUAUGCAGUGAAGAGAGAGAACACCAACCGUGCUGUGAUCUGUUACUUCGGAGAGGGCGCGGCCAGCGAGGGCGACGCUCACGCCGGGUUCAACUUCUCUGCCACCCUGGAGUGCCCGCUCAUCUUCUUCUGCCGUAACAACGGCUACGCCAUCUCCACGCCGACCAACGAGCAGUACCGGGGGGACGGCAUCGGUAAGACAGGCAGCGUGUUGUUCUGUUUGUUUGGGUUUCCCAUCACCUUGUUACAGGACUAAAACAACAGCUAGUCUUCCUGAGGUCCAGUACAAAACAACCACGUACACAGAAAUAACGACAGAGACUCAUUUGGAAAAGAUCCCCAAUGUCUGAAAUAAGGUUUUACUUGUGAUAUGUGGUUGUCUUAUUGUAAGUGGCUCUGGAUAAGAGCGUCUGCUAAAUUACUCCUCUAAAUGCUAGCAAGACAACAAGGAGAAAGACUUACUGUUUGUGUAUGAUUCUCUUUCCAGUUAUGAGGAUCUGUGUGUCGUGUUAUGUACAGUGAACAAACAAUGUGUUUAUUCUCUUCCCAGCCGCCCGCGGUCCAGGCUACGGUAUGAUGUCUAUCAGAGUGGACGGUAACGACGUGUUCGCUGUGUACAAUGCUACCAAGGAAGCUCGCCGCAGGGCUGUGGCCGAGAACCAGCCCUUCCUCAUUGAGGCCAUGACCUACAGGUACAUUACCUAUCAGACUGGGCCACGUUCAGUUGCCAAACGUUGUUGAAUGUUGCAGAUAGAAAUGGUAUGAAUAGAGCCAACGUGACUCCUUGUUCUACAUAUAUAUUUCUAUCUGAACGCACCCAAGGAGUUCAGAGGAUUUAUUUACAUUGUCCUUCAAGAUGACACCUCUGUUGGUUGUCUCGUGGCAUGAAUUAUUAACAAGAGGUUGAAUCAAAACCAUAGUUUAAGAGCAUUCUAAGACCAGAGGCACCCCGCAUUAUAUAAUACUGGGGGAAACAUUUACCUGACCUAAACUUCCACUGACGUUCUCCUCCGUCCCAUCCCUCAGGAUUGGUCACCACAGCACCAGCGACGACAGCUCGGCCUACCGCUCCGUAGAUGAGGUGAACUACUGGGACAAGCAGGACCACCCCAUCUCCCGGCUGCGCCACUACAUGACGGCCCGCUCCUGGUGGUCCGAGGAAGAUGAGAGGAGCUGGAGGAAGCAGAGCCGUAAGAUGGUGAUGGAGGCGUUUGAGAAGGCCGAGAAGAGGCACAAGCCCCACCCUGACCUGAUGUUCUCUGAUGUGUAUGAAGAGAUGACCCCUAACCUGGUCAAGCAGAAGGAGGCCAUGUGGAGACACGUCCAGCAGUACAAAGAGCACUAUCCCCUGGACGCCUACGCCAAGUAAACACCUCCACCACCACCACAGGGGGGGAUACUACAAAGCAGGAUCAAUGAGUUAGCCAGCUAACUUUGAUGAGCAACUAGAAAUCACUUUUUUAUUUUCUGGUUUAUUAAAAAAAGCUAAACUUUGGGUAUUUGUUUUUUGUUUGUUGAAUCAAUUAGAUCAUGCCCAUUUCAAGCUUAUCUUUCUAAAAAAAUAUAUAUAAAAAAUGUAUCAGAAUAUUUAGGCCCGCUUUGUAUUCUACUGUAUAGAGUUAUAGUUCUGAUGUUCUGACCAGGCUGCAAUUCUACUGCUUUCUGCAGAGUAGUGGGAGGGAGGAGGAAGGAGGAAAAUGUUCAUUGUUUUGUUCCGCCUGUCCAUCAACCACUAUGGGCCUCUGGUUUUCGUGCCUUGAAUGAAUGAGAGAGUCUGACGCAGUUUUCCCCACCCGUGAACUGUGUUAAACAGGAUGAUCAAGAUUUUCCUGCUCGCUCAACAAGUCACGAGUCACCAGCAUUUAUCAGUCUACAGGAGUCUUGCCGGUGAGCAAAAGGCAUUUUUGCACACUGGUUAGUAGUACCUGAGAUUAUCAGUACGUAUUGCAUCUGUAUCUGAGUGAAGCAUGCUGUGGGAACCAUCUAUCUACCCAUCUCAUCCCCUAUACCAGUGGUGUUCUCAUGCUGUACCUUUUAUGUUUCACCCAUUUCCUUUAAAAUCCUCCUUUCUGUGCGACGGUUAUUACGCAAUACUGUAGACUGCCACUCUCCUCUUGAUAUGGAUAGUUUUCUAGCUGUUGGUACUGGGUCUAUGGCUGAGGUGUAUUUUAAAGUAGACGCCCCAAAAUGUGGGUGUACAGGUUUGUGUGCUGUCACUGAAUAAACGUCUAGAACACAGAUGACUGAUCAUUUGAGGGAACAGAACACGGAGCCUGUCACUAAUACUGUUUGUAAUGUUCUGAGUUUUGUUGAUUCCAACAUGUCUAAAAAAUAAAAAGAUGCUGUGGAGACAAAGUUGUUUGACAUGAAUGGAGGUGCUGUAUAGUAUACCACCGUACAAAACCAACCAUAAACCUCAAUCUGGCAUGAUUGAGGUUAAUGCGUGAU